AUGUCAGCUGGUUGCCUUCGACGAGGACGCGAUGACCAACACCUUGCCUCGCUUGAUCCGCUCGACUCGCUCUCUUUGCGAGUUUGCAUGCUGACGAGGACCUGCACCAGCUUAUACAGCUCUGCCACCACCACUGCCAGGCGCUCUCUCGCUCGCACACCUCUCGUUCGCUCUCCCUCGUCCCCACUUCCCUCCGUCAUAGCGAGUCGCUUCUCAGCGACUCCCCUCAUCUUCCAGCACACUUCCCGCACCCUCACCACCCACUCGCGCUCACUCGCACCCAUGGCCGGCGAACACGGCGCCCACGAAGGCGAGUCGAAGGCCGCAGCAGGCAACAAGCAGGACAUCACUGCUUGGGCUAGCAAGGACGGACAGUUCAGGCGUCAGGUGUCGACCUUCCGCGACAAGAUCGAGGUCGGCGGCAAGUACCCGCCUGAGGAGGGCCGCUACAUGCUCUACGUCUCGCUUGCGUGUCCCUGGGCCCACCGCACCCUGAUCGUCCGCAAGCUCAAGGGCCUCGAGAAGUUCAUCGACGUCGCUGUCGUGCACGCGCACAUGGGCGCUCUCGGAUGGUCGUUCUACCCGCCCGUCCGCGACCAGGACGGAGGCUGGCCCAAGACGCAGGGCGAAGUCGGCGAACCGGACGGUCUCGCUGAAGUGACCGGCGACCCGCUCUACAAGUCCAAGUUCCUUCGCGAGCUCUACUUCCGCGUCGACCCGGACUACAGCGGCCGCUUCACCGUCCCCGUCUUGUGGGACAAGAAGACCGAGUCCAUCGUCAACAACGAGAGCUCCGAGAUCAUUCGGUUCAUGAACUCGGAGUUUAACUCGUUGCUCGACGAGGAGCAUGCAAAGGUCGACUUGUACCCCGAGGCGCUCAGGAGCGAGAUCGACGACCAGAACAAGUGGGUGUACGACACGGUCAACAACGGUGUCUACAGGAGCGGGUUUGCGACGACGCAGCAGGCUUACGAGGACAACGUCGUCCCCCUCUUCAAGUCGCUCGACCGGCUCGAAAAGAUGCUCGAGGGCAAGCAGUUCAUCGCAGGCGACCAGCUCACCGAGGCCGACGUCCGGCUCUACACGACCAUCAUCCGCUUCGACCCAGUCUACUACAGCCACUUCAAGACCAACAUCGGCACGAUCCGCCACCGCUACCCGAACCUCAACGCAUGGCAGAAGCGCCUGUACUGGCAGAACGACGCGUUCAAGUCGACCACCAACUUUGACCACAUCAAGCGACACUACUUUGAGAGUCACCCGCAGAUCAACCCGACCCGCGUCGUCCCCGUCGGCCCUCAACCGCACAUUGAGCACCUUUGA